CACUCCACCAUAGCACAACUAAUUGGAAAAACAUAUCAACCUUCUUGCCGAAAGUAAUGAUAGUGACUGUAGAGGAUCUAUCAAAGUUUAUAGGUUUUAAGGAGCUCUAUAGGAAUCUUUAUCCAAAUAUGCAAUGUGGAUGAAACUGAAGUGCCAUUGCACAUUCUCUGUCUCCAAUACCUACAGGUUGGUCAUCUUUAACCGCCGGGACUGUUGUGCUGAACGACUCAACCCCUUCAACAUCCACAUCGGGGAUUCCGACCAGGUCAGCAUGAACCCAAAGUGUGGAGGUGACCAUCACAUCAACGUGACCCAGCCGUCCAUUUCCGUCUCCUGUCAGGGGAUGGAGGGACGCUAUGUGGGCAUUCGUCUUCCCGGAUACUCCCGAACACUGACCCUGUGCGAAGUCCAAGUAUUUUCUGCUAACCAGACUGGUGAAAUAACAACGACGCCAAGAAAUGAAACGCCAUCAACCGACACCACAGCGCAAACACAGGCAACAUCCGCACAGAUGUUAUUUUCUGCCCAGUCGACACAGCAGUCAACUUAUGAAGGAAGUACGGUUUCUCAUGACAUCACUAUCCAGACAACAACACAAGCAGAAGGGGAGACUGGUAAAUCGACCGGUACGUGGUACAACAAGCCCCUCAACCUCACACUGGUUUGCCUGGGCUGUGCUGCAGGCAUCAUCGCCAUGGGUUACUAUGGUUACAGACGCAAACACCAACGUCAACAGCAGGUGGAUCCGCAGGACUGA